GAUUAGAUAAACGCUUUUUUUUUUUUUUUGACCUUGUGCAACACUCCCUUUGCUCUUCUAGUUCAAACAACACUGCCGAGUGGAGAGGUGUGGCCACGGCUGAAGCCAAAAUGGCGACAACAGGACCUCAGUUUCACUCUUCGCACUGAUUCUCUUAGCUAGCUGACUAGCUAGCUCUACAAGAAACUACCGCAAAGACGGGAAUCCAACCCGGGCACAGUUAAAUAUGGCUGAAUUUGAGCAGCACGAAGGAGAGCAGGAUAUUGAGAAGAAAAUUGAGGAAACGAGACAGAGAUUCAAGAAUGAGUUCCUCCAAGAUUCAAUAGAUAAAUAUGACUCCAGAGAUGUGGAAAGGCUUGAAAAAGAUGAUGCUCUGGUGGAGAGCUAUCUCCAAUGGAGAAUUUAUGUCAUAGAUGAUGCCCUGAAAAUGAUUGAUGAAAGUCUUCAGUGGAGAAAGGAAUAUGGUCUGAAUGAUCUCACUGAGAACUCCAUUCCCAAAUGGAUGUUCGAGACUGGUGCUCUCUACCUCCACGGCUAUGACAAAGAGGGCAACAAGCUCUUCUGGUUCAAAGUAAAGCUACACGUCAAGGAUACAAAAACAAUCAUGGACAAGAAGAAGUAUGUUGCCUUCUGGCUGGAGCGGUAUGCGAAGAAAGAACCUGGGAUGCCACUCACUGUUGUGUUUGACAUGACGGAGUCUGGCCUCAGUAAUAUUGACAUGGAGUUUGUGAAGUAUGUUAUUAAUUGCUUCAAAGUAUAUUAUCCAAAGUUUUUAUCCAAAAUGAUCAUUGUGGAUAUGCCUUGGAUCAUGAAUGCUGCCUGGAAGAUUGUGAGGACGUGGUUGGGUCCCGAGGCAAUCAGCAAGCUAAAGUUUGCAUCCAAAUCUGAAGUGCAGGGAUUCAUAGACCCUGAGUACCUGCCCCCUCACAUGGGCGGAACGGACCCCUUCAAGUACAGCUACCCACCUCUUCCUGAUGACGACUUCCAAACACCCAUCUGUGAAAACGGACCAAUUGUUAGUGAGGACGAGACGGAGAGCAAAGAGGGUGAAAUGGAGAGCAAAGAUACCCUCGAGUCCAGCUUCAACUCUGAGGUUGCAGUAAAGCCAAAAAAGGUAAAUUUCCUGGAAGACAGUUUGAGGGCAGAGGACUAUGAAAAAGGAGACAGCAGGACCAAAGGAGCCAGGAAGCCACUGUCCACCUUCAAAGGCCUUCUGCUAGAUGUUAGCCCCGCAGAGGAACUCAGCUUUGGUUCUGGAGAGACAGAGAAAAAGAGCCUCAUUAUCCUGAACAAUGUAACCAAAAAUCAAGUAGCCUUUAAGGUACGGACCACAGCACCUGAGAAGUACAGGGUGAAGCCCAGCAACAGCAGCUGUGACCCAGGAGCUUCAGUAGAUAUAGUGGUGUCUUUACAUGGAGGUUCUCAAGCUUCUCCACAGGACAGAUUUUUGGUAAUGGCUGCCGAGAUGGACAAUGCUGUAUCACAAGAACUUUCACAGUUCUGGAAAGAAGUACCUAAAACCAAGGUCAUGGAACACAGAUUGCGCUGUCAUGUUCUGGAGAGCGUCAAACCACAAACACUAACUCCUCUCAGAGACAGCCCUGUGGAGACCGGGACCAACGGACAGCAGGAAUUAAACUCUGCGCUCAUGCGAUUGAUGACCUGCAAUGCACGAAUGGAGCAGAAGCUGAAUACAUGUCUGUGGGUGCAGAAGGUCAUUAUUGGCUUGGUGCUGGUCCUUGUGGGGCUGAACCUUAUGUGUCUCCACGUGCUGAGUGCUUCCCAGCAGCCAUCCUGACCUCCCAGAGCUCCCUCCACCUGCAUAUGUCGACCACAGACACACAGACGCUUCCAGCAGGGCCACAGUCAGGCUGCUGUCAUGGAGGGGAGGAAAACGGACUUUAGGGACAUGCGAGUUGAUGUGGAGUUAAUAUAUGAAGAGCUUGUACUCGUCUCUUGAGGCUCUUAAGAGUUAAUACAACAGAGACACUCAACAAUGUGACAUCAAAUCAUUAAUGUAUUUUUAAAGACCAAUCGUGAAAAAAUUUGUAUUUAUUACAAAAGACUAAGUACGUAGGAAGAAUUAGUUACUUUUGUGAUCAGAAUGUACAAUUUUUUUUAUAUAUAUUAUAUAAAUCUACAGAGUUUAAAAUAAACACUUUUUGUCAACUUCA